CUUCACGUGGACUUGUUGGGUUUUUGUGACGUCGCGAGCGCUUUUCUAGUCAAAGCGGCGGCCAUGGAGAACCAAGGCGCCGAGCUGCAGAAUGACGAAGACGUGCAGAGAAGCGGCUACCUCCGCAAGCACAAAUCAAUGCACCGGCGCUUCUUCGUGCUGAGGACGGCCUCGGAGCGUGGUCCCGCUCGCUUGGAGUAUUACGAGAACGAGAAGAAAUUCCGCAGCAAAUCUCCCGUGCCCAAGAAAGUGCUGAACCUGGAGACGUGCUUCAACAUCAACAAGCGGGCGGAUUCCAAGAACAAGCACCUGAUCGUGCUCUACACCCGCAGCGAGAGCUUCGCCAUCGCCGCCGACAGCGAGGAGGUCCAAAACCAGUGGUACCAAGCCAUGCUGGACCUCCAGUGCAAUUGUAGAUCUCCUGACGACUACGGAAGUAGCGGCGAGUGUAGUUCUCCGUCUCCGAUUCCAACUUUCAAGGAGGUGUGGCAGGUUAAAGUUUGGCCAAAAGGUCUUGGACACGCCAGGAACUUAGUAGGCAUCUACCGCCUGUGCCUAACUGACAAGACCGUCAACUUUGUCAAGCUCAACUCUGACGUGGCCGCUGUGGUGCUGCAGCUGAUGAAUGUUCGCAGAUGCGGUCAUUCGGAGAACUUUUUCUUCAUUGAGGUGGGUCGUUCGGCCAUCACCGGGCCCGGAGAGUUUUGGAUGCAGGUGGACGAUUCUGUGGUGGCUCAGAACAUGCACGAGACCUUGCUGGAGGCCAUGAAAGCGCUAAGCGAGGAGUUCCGUCAGCGCAGCAAAUCUCAGUCCGUGGGGACGUCAUGCGGCGGCGGAACCGCUUCCAACCCCAUCGGCGUUCCGAGUCGCCGGCAUCACCCGAAUCUGCCGCCCAGUCAGGUAGGCUUCGCCAGGCGAGCCCGCACGGAGACCCCGGGCGGCAGCAGUACCGGCACCUCGCCGACGUCACGCCACGGAUUCCCGCGGGCUCGAACGGCAAGCAUCGGGGCCAGGUCAGAGGAGAGCGGAGCGAGUACCAGGUCGACGUGGGCCAGCUCCAGCCCGAGUCUUAACGGAUCCUGCUCGACGACUCCCACGCUCAGGCCCAAGCCCGCCAGGGCCCCCACCCCUGCGAAGAUUACCCUCAGCCUCGCACGCUACACGCCUAACCCCGCUCCCUCUCCCGCUCCGAGCCUGUCCUCCAGCUCCGGUCACGGCUCCGAGUGCGGCCUGGCGGGCGCGGCGGCGGGAGGCAUGACGGUGUGCUCCUACCCCCGUGUGUCUCAGAGAGUUUCCGUUUCAGGUUCCCCGAGCGACUACGGCUCCUCGGACGAAUACGGCUCCAGUCCCGGUGAACACUCGCUGCUCGUGCCCGGUAUGGCUGCCCAUCACGGGCACGGAGAAGGGCCCUCGAGCUACAUCGUCAUGGGUCAGCGAGAGGGCUUCUUCGGUUCCCAUCAUCGCUCCAAAGGCCGACGAAUUCUCCGGCGCUCAUCCAGUCGGGAUUCUGAGGCAGAACGACGACUACUAAGUAAGAGGGCUUCUCUGCCUUUGGCCACCCACGAACGACUGGCGCCACAUCGAAAAGAUGACGACGAGGACGAUGAAUACGCCAUCAUGUCACAGAGCGCUAACAGAGAAGGCUCCGGCAGCGCGGCGCUAGGGUGCGGGCGACGUGAUGCGGCAGGGGAAAACAGGAAGAGUUUUGAACAAAGGGAAGAAGCAGAUGCAAGAGCUCCUUCGGAUAGCGGCUACAUGUCAAUGCUGCCUGGAGUCACGUCUCCGGCCGCACACGACGAGUACAUGGCCAUGACGCCCAACGACAGCGUGUCCCCGCCUCAGCACAUGCGGCGGCCCAGCUCAGAGGGCUACAUGGUCAUGUCGCCCAAUAGUAGCGUCGCCGCAGAGUUGCACGGACUGGGUAUGUGGGAUGGCCGGGCCGGCGUCGAGAGCCGGGCGGCCAGCGACUACAUGAACGUCUCACCCGUCAGUAGCCGUUCUGCUUGUAGCACGCCGCCUUCCCACCCCGAACAGCACCAACUGCAACCGAAAAUGUUCAAUUCCUACUUCUCUCUGCCCCGAGCUUAUCAGCAUACCCUCUACAGUCGCUUUGAGGAGGACUUAAACAAAGGGGAGUGCAAAAAAGACAGUAGCGAUAGCGCUGGAACGAGCGGCGGCAACAAGAGAAACAAAAUGGGAGCGGCUCCUACCGGCGGCUUCCAACUCUCCAUGUCUUCGUCGUCUUUCUCCUCGAGCUCGGCCAGCAGCGAAAGCCUGGAGGACAGGUCCGUAUCGGCAGGGAAAGGGUUAAGUUUGUACAAGAGUGCAGGAACGUGCGCAAAAGAUGGCCGUCACCUGCAAAAACGCGGAUCGAGCUGCAAGAGCCCAAAGCAACAGAGGAGGGGCCGCCCCCUCAGUACGCCUGCAGACAUUGCUAAAGCCAACACCUUGCCUCGGGUUAAGGAGAACGUGCCCCCGAUGGCGGCUCACAAUGUCGGCGAGUACGUCAGUAUUGUGUUUAAGGAAGACAAUAAGUAUAACGGCGGAAGGCGUGCAGGCCCGGAUCGAGCACAACCCGUGAUUCACGGAACCCUGCGGCCCUCAAACCAGCCGCUCCUCGUUCCCGAGAAUGCUGCUAACCUUCCUCGCAGCUUCUCGGCGCCGUUGGCCGCCUCCGCCGAGUACGUCGGCAUGGAUGUAGGGAAGUCAUCGACGCCCCUAAGCCCGCCGCAGGGGCCGCGAGAUGCCGUCCCCGAGGCUCGACUCGAACGUGGCGCAUUUUCUCCUCUGGCGCAGGAUGGAAACUCUGUAAAUCGACCCAAAGGAAAGAUGGCGGCGGACGCCCUUAAUUCGUUCAUUGACAAGAACAUUUCGGAUCCCGGCCUUUCGGCGAGACCGGCCGGCCGCUCUGGUCCACCUGUAUCCAUGGAGGAGGAGACCGGGCUGGGCUUUUCUCCUGGUAAGAGCCUCCAGUCUCCCGAACACAGCGGCAGGCAGGCGCGAGCCGACGCUCAGGGUCGGCGGGGCCGCCGCUCCGAGACCUUUAACUCCCCUCCCUCUGUACCUCGACACCCACCCUCCGCUACCCGCGUCUUUCCGGAAGGCGCGCAGCCGGCGGGCCACCGGCACACUUUGGACCGCUCGCUGUGGGAAAGCGGUCCGGCAGCGAGUUCGUCCGACACGCCGCCUCCGCAAGCAUCUUCUGAACAAGGCCUUAACUAUAUAGACCUUGACUUGGCCAUUAAGGAGAGCCCUCAAGGGGGAGCUGAGCAUUCGUCUGCCACCUACAACAUCGGCGCAGGCGCUACGGGCAGCGGUGCCAGCUCUAGUCUCAACACGUACGCCAGUAUUGACUUCUAUAAGUCAGAGGAACUGAGAGCACACCAAAUUGGCAGAAAGGAAGAUCCAGAUUGUUGACUUGUUGAUCGCAAGUCUACCACGGAAGGAUCGCGACGCCUCCGCGCUCGGCAGCCCGACCGUUGCCGCAACACAACCGUACGCCGAGUCCAAAGCACCGGAACUCUGGGAAAAACCAUUCCUCAUCCCGUCCGCCAUGUUCUGGCAACCAAACAUGUGCCAAACGCACGCACGCACGCAUGCGCACACACACACAGGGUAAGGAAUAUAUCUGUUUUUAUGCCUUGCUCUGAUCAGCCAAUGUGAACUGGACAAAGGAUGAUGUGUGAUUAUGUGAGUUCACAGGUCGGCUUUAUGUCCAUUUGACACGAUUAAAGCACUAUGACAAUCGGGCAAAGCCAUAAAGUCGGUAGAAAUGUCGCACGUUUGCUUUGAUUGCCUCCAAGAUCGCCAUCACCGUGAUUGGUAGCUCAACAGACGGAAUGAAAUGUGAUCGUCCGAGGCUCUCUAAUGACACCCGUUUACUUUAUGGAGUCGUAUUGCAGCUAAAGUCCCAAAAGGCUUUGUUUUCGUCCUGUGUGCAGCAUCAUCCUUGGUCAGUUUUCUAAAAAAAAAAAAAAAAAAAAUCAAAAUAAUAAUAAAAAAAGUGUCAUACAAAAGAAGGGAAUAUGGCUCGAACACAAUCACACACUUUGUCAUUGUUGUCAACUAAAUACAUACAGGUGCCAUUAAAGCCAUAAUGCUUCUUCAGGACUUUCCUCAAGCUGUUAAAAAAUAAAACAAAACAAAAACUUUUUUUCCCCAUGUACCACUUUGGCUGUGACAUGAUGUUAAACAAACAAACAAAAAAGACUACUGAAGCGUCUCCAAAGUCGAACACAACCGUUAUGCGGGUUCGCGUAACAUGACAUAAUAUGACGUGGGUGAAUUAAGGGGCGGGGAAAAAGACAUUUAUUAUACAAGUUAACCAUUGUACAAUCGAGAAAAAUAAAACAUUCAAAGUACAAAUUUGAAGACCCGCAAGGAGAGGCAACACGACAUGUUUCUUGCAGUGACACUAUCACUUAGUUGUUGGGAUUAAGAAGUUGAGAGUCUUUAUUCAAUAUCCUACUAUAGUGCGCUGAAGAGUCCAUGUACUAGUACACUCUGUCCUCACGAGUAAGACAAUUCAGCGCACUCGUCGAACAAAUGGCUUACUAGUGAUGUUUUUGUCCACAUUUCUGCACACGAGUAGAAUGACUGCACAGGUGGUACUCGUGAGGCAAAACUGUGCACUAGUAGACAACAGCAUGAUAAUAGUAUAACAAUUCUACUAGUUAAUAUCUACCACAUCACUAGUAGUGCACAGUAGUUGUUCUACUAGCGCGCCCUAGUCAUUUUACUAGUGUGCUGAAUUGUCCUACCAGUUAGGACAAGGAGUUUACUAGUCCACGGACUACUCAGCAUACUAGAAUAAAUGCACAAACAUCUUUUUAUUUUUGAGGUGUAUUCUUGUCAGCAAACAUCAUUCGAACACUUUGUGAGCUUUGUGGUUGUUUUAUGGCCGUGUAGCAUUGAAGAAAUUGGUAGCGAAUAUCGUCGUUGACCACGGUGAAAAAUGCUCGUGGGCCAUUUAGAAGCCCCGAGUGCUUUUAUCUGUCCCGGCAUGCGAUUCUUAAACAAAAACGCAACGCUGCAAACGAACUGUUACGACAAUUCCCAAAACACGUAAGCCACAAAUACAACAUUAUUCGAUCGUUGCAUCAAAUCUUGAUGGCAGUCGGAGGACUUCAUACAAAGUCAAAUGAUAGGAAAAUGGUUCCCUAGACGCUCACUGUCGUCACGCAUGAGGAUCAUUUGAAGACUUUUCAGGCCUAUUUUUCCAGAGCGAUUGGGCUACACCGCGACUGCGAUUGUUUUGGUGUUCGACUCGGGAGGCUCGUCUGUUUUAGUGUUCCUUUUAAUGGCUUUCCAUGUGCAAUUCAAAGGACUCAUUAUUACCCCCCCCCCCCCCGAUUCAAGUUGACAUCACAGCUACAAAUACAAUUUGAAAUUGAGCUCCCUCGCGCGACUGCGUCUUGGAAGUUGCCGUCCAGUGGUAAGAAACAUCAUUUUGUGCACGCAAGUUCCACCUGAUGCUUUUCCAGCCCCCCCCCCCCCCCCCGAUGCGAUGAAAUGAACCGCGUCUCGUCAGGUCCCCGCAAUUCUGCCAGUUGCCGAGGCGGCGCGUAACAACUGGCGAAUUCGCAUCGCAUUCUUGCGCAGCGUUAUUUGGUCAGAGUGGCCGCAGUAUACGGAAAGAACCUCAGACUAACGCAAUUCUACAGUGGUGCAAAAGUUGCCUUCAGUCCACGAAAUAUGAAAAAUAAUAACAUUGUACAUUGAACUAUAUUCUACGGACAGAAUUGGACAAGUUCCUGUUUUGGCAUUUUUAAGAUUUGAACCAACAUGUAGCACAAAUCCCACAGGGAAUGAGUGUGUACAUCACUUUUGGCAACUGCUUUGUUCAUUUCAAAUACAGUAACUGUAUAUUGUACUGUGGUUCAGACUACAUUAUACAAGCGAACAGCAUUUACAACACUGCAGUUUGUUUUUCUCAUUCACAUAACAAUUUAAACAAAUAUAAUGUGACACAUACAAUGUUAUUUAAGAUAUACACUAUACAUACAGUAUUUUGAUGAAUACUAUUUAGCCUAGAUAUCUCUAUACUCUUUUAUAAAGUGCCUCUUUUUUGAUUGUAGCUGUUUUACACAGGUAAUCUUAAAAUGGGUUGUGAAAAUACAAAAAAAACAAAACAAAAGAAAAAAAAGUGAAUAAACAAACAUUGAUAUCAGUAAACUGUUUUUCUUAAAUUGCCUUACAGUUUCUCUGAAACGUGAAAAGAUCAUUCGAUUUUUUUGUGGGGUGCCUAACAGUUAAGCCACAAUGUAAGCAUUCCCUCGCUUGUGUUCGACUUUGUCAAGUUGAGGUUUGGCCCAACAAAGCGAAGCAAAAAAAAAAAAAAAAAAAAAAAACGUGGGCUGCUAUUUCAUCCCAAAAAACCAAACAAAACAAAACAAUAACAUGUUACUGUUACUAAUUGUAUACAUUUGAAUCUUAAAUCCUAUUUGAAUGACUUUCUGCGUUGUUUUUACCUGACAGCUAUUGCUCUCUUGUAUAUAAAAUACUAACAAAGCGGGCUCAUACCAGUCUGCGAAUGAAACCUAUGUAUCGAUUUAGGCUUGUGGUGUAUUUUGAACCUCGAAGCAUACAUGAGCGGAGGUCAUUUGAACUCUUCAGAGCAGCUAAGCGCUUUACCCGGGCUCCAACACGAUCAACACGCUCGUCCGCGUUGUUUUUCUCGAUUUGGAUGUGGAGUCAGUCCCCGAAUGGUGCGAAUGGUGCUCCUUUCUGUCUUUACUCAAACCCAAGGCCUGGUCUGGUUCUCUCGCAAGCCAUUAUUUGUAUUCUCUUUUAUCGGUUAUGCUGCCGUAAGAUCGUCAAAUUGCCAAAAAACAACAACAAGAGCACUUAUAGACAAAGUCAAUCUUAAAUCUGUUUUCAAAUAAAGAAUUCUUUCAUUGAACUGCUGCGGGGCCAAACUAUGUUUUACAUUUUUCAAGGAAACAUUUUCGAGAGUGUUUUUAGAAAGUUCAUGUGAGUUUACGACUGGUUGCGUAAUAUGCCCAGAGCCGUUGAAGUCCGGUUCGGUCCAGUCGCAGCUUAGAUGAAACAUUCAACACCAUGUACGAUCAAUCAGACGUACUGUAUCUACGGACGGUUUCAACCAAACGUCAGUUCACGACGAUGCCGCCGGGAGGCUUGCGUAACAACGGUGCGCAAACGCCGCGUGUUUCUGCUUGUGUGUCAACAGGGUACAAAGGAACAAGGCUUUCUGCAUUGACUGUAUUUUUCACACUGGUCGCUUUUCCCACAUUUAGAAUCAUGUCUGCGACAAGGCUCCCGAAAGAUACAAGCACGCUUAAGCUCAAAAUGAUUCAAGGUCUAUGAAUUGGAUUUGUUGUGCGAGUGUCCUCUAAGGGGAAAUGACAUUUCAAACAAACAAAAAAAGUGGCAGUUGUGUUACGGAGAUAUAGUUUUUCAAAUGUCCCUCAUUGUUGUCCCUUUGCACGACGUCCUACGGUCAUUUCCAGCUAAAAGGUACUCACUUGCCAAAACAGUGGAUAUGAAAUGUCUACACACCCCUGUUCAAAUGCCACAAUAUUUUUGUGAUAUUAAAAAAUCAGACCAAGCCAAAUCAUUUGACCUACAACCUCUACAACUAACUCUAUUGAAGUUAGUUGUUGAGGUUGUUUUUCGAGAGGGGAAGUAAAAAUAAACAACUAAGAUAAUGUGGUCGCACAAGUGUGCACACCCUCUUAACAACUGGGAUGUGGCUGCGUUGAGAAUUAACCAAUCACACUCAAACUCAUGUUGAAUGAGAGUCAGCACACACCAGCCACCCAUUAAAGUGGAUCCGAGCAACCCCGCAUCAACUUCAGAUGUUCUGGUAGGCUUUUCCUGACAUUCUCUUCCUGCUUUCUAGCAGACAGUUGGUUAAUUCUGAAACCAGCCACAUCCCAGUUAUAAGAGGGUAUGCGCACUUCUGCAACCAUGCUAUUUCACUUGUUAUUUGAACUACCCCUCCUUUUUUUCAAUUAAGUUGGACAGGUUAUAGAUCACAUUCAUGGUGGUAAAUGUUUUGUCUCCGUUUUUUUAGAUCACAAAAACUUUCCGAUCCACUGUAAAUAGUCACUUCAACUCACUCAAGGCAGGACUACAUUUUGACGUACUUUAUUCAAACAGUAUCACCACACAUUUUGAAAUUAUGUCUCGGUUGUUGGCCUUUCAACAAUCCCAAUAAAUGAUUGAUUUGGGGAAUGAAUUGAUAAAUUAUUGGUGUCUAAAUAAGAACAGCCCACCACUGCCAAGACUUUGCGCUUCGGAACGACAACUUUACUGCCAGGCACUUGGAAUUCAAGCUACCGGUUGACUCGGUUGACGUGGUCCUUGAUAAUCUUUUUGUUGUUCCUUGAGUGGCACUCCUCUAAUUAGGGAUUACGAUUACGGAGCCUCUUUGACUGCAUCUCAUAAUCUCAAAACCAUGCAGACAAAACAGUUGGCGGUUAAACCCCUCACGGUCUAAGAGCACUACGGGACAUCAUCAGAUAGGACGGAAAAUAUCGAUGAAAGCUCUUAAAAAACGUAAAACCGCUUCUGAGUGACUCUCGGUGUGGGAAAUGAUACUGUAUGUACAAUCAAGAUAUCAUUCUGUAAUUACAAUUGAAAGAGCGUUCUAUGUAUUUUCGAGUCAUUGAUACUACUUUGAUAUUGGUGUACAAAGAGUGAACAUGAACUAUGUCAAGUGUAUAGAGGAGUUCACUGAU